AGGAAAUAUACAUACAUAUAAUUUAUCGUGAGGUUAAAUGUUUUUAUUUAUUUAUUUUAAUAUGUUUAAGUAGAUUGCGUUUAAAAAACGAGAUUAGGUUGACUUUUUAUUUUUAUUCUACAACAAAAUUUAAUUAGAAAAUAAAACUUCACUAUGAGGCGGAGUUUAUUAUUCACUUUGGCCCCAAUUUUAUUUAUAUUGGCAGCGGUUUAUGGACAUAUAGAAAAAGUUGAAUCUCAAUCUGGAUCUGGAGAUGACGGUAUUGUGGAAGUAGAUGAAGAAGCGAAUGCAAAUUCUGUAGAUGAGGCAGAAGAAAACAAUGAUGAAAUGGAAGAUUUCGGUGAUUAUGUGAGUGAAAAUUUCGAUGUUAAUCGAUUUUUCUUUGGGGAGCAUUUUGAUGAUCUAAAUAGUUUCUCAAGAAAUUGGAUAAAAUCAAUGGCAAAAAAAGAUGAUAUAGACGAUGCUAUUUCAAAAUAUGACGGGUUAUGGGAAUUAGAGCUUCCCAAAAGACCACUUUGGAAAAACGAUUUAGGACUUGUAUUGAAAUCUAAAGCAAAACACGCUGCGAUUUCUUCAAAACUAUAUCGUCCUUUCAUUUUUAAAAGCAAACCUUUUGUUGUUCAGUACGAAGUAACUUUACAAGAUGGACAAGAAUGCGGGGGGUCUUACUUGAAGCUGUUAUCAAAAUCUGCAGAUACCGAUGAUUUAACCAAGUUCAAUGACAAAACACCAUAUACUAUUAUGUUUGGGCCUGACAAAUGUGGAAAUGACAUAAAAUUACAUUUUAUAUUUCGGCAUGUUAAUCCAAUUAACGGUACAAUAUCCGAAAAACAUUGUCGUAAGUCAAAGGAAAGACUAGAAGAACUUUUUAAAGAUAAAAUGCCACAUUUAUAUAGACUUUUAAUAAAACCGGAUAACACAUACCAAAUAAGUGUUGACCACAAAGUUGUAAACGAAGGUUCACUUUUAACUGAUUUCACACCGCCUGUAAACCCUCCUCGCGAAAUUGACGAUCCAACUGAUGAAAAGCCCAAAGAUUGGGAUGAAAGGGAAAAAAUUCCAGAUCCUGACGCGAAAAAACCAGAAGAUUGGGACGAGGAUGCUCCACCAAAAAUACCUGAUCCUAAUGCUGUAAAACCUGACGGUUGGUUAGAUGAUGAGCCAGAAAUGAUACCAGAUCCAAGUGCGAGUAAGCCAGAAGAUUGGGAUAUUAGUAUUGACGGUGAAUGGGAGGCUCCCUUAAUCGACAACCCUGCAUGCGAAAAAGCAGUUGGAUGUGGUGAAUGGAGUCCGCUUUUGAUAACGAAUCCAGAGUAUAAAGGCAAAUGGCGCCCACCAAUGAUAGAAAAUCCUAAUUAUCAAGGAAAAUGGAGCCCACGUAAAAUUUUAAAUCCUGAUUUUUAUGAAGAUCUAGAACCAUUUAAAUUGACGCCAAUUGCUGCUGUUGGUAUAGAAUUGUGGUCCAUGUCUAGUGACAUUCUUUUCGACAAUAUUCUAAUUACUGAUGAGAUAAGUUUAGCUGAUGAAUACGCCUCUAAAACUUUUGAUUUGAAGAAAAAAUAUCUAGAUAAAGCAUCGCAAACAUUCCUAAAUAGAUUUAUCAGUUAUUCCAAUGAAAAUCCCUGGUUAUGGGGAGUUUAUAUUUUAGUUGUAGGUACACCAUUAUCAUUUACAAUAUAUUCUUUAUGUUGCGCAUCAAGUAAGGAGGAAGAUGAAAAAAUUGCUGCAGGUAGGGCAAAAAAAACAGAUGAAGUUACACCAGAUGAUGAAGAGAAAGAAGCUGAACAAAUAAAACAAACCGAGGCAGAAAUACGAGAAUCUGAAAUCUCUAGUCUUAAAAGUAAAAAGUCUGAUUUAGAAGUAAAUAGUAAAGCUGGAGAUACUGAAAAUAACAGUGAAGAAGAAGAAGAAGAACAAGAAGAUGAGGAAAAUAUUGAAAACGAAGAAAAUGAUACAACUGAAGCUAAAAUAGAAAAUAUUGAUGAUUCAAAUUUGCAACCGUCUCCAGAGGGAACAAGAAAACGAAGAACACGUAGUAAUAAAGUUUAAAAAUAUUCCAAAUUCUAAAUAAAUAAGAAUUAAAUUUUCGUAAACAUAUGAGGUUAUAUAAUAUUUUAAAAAAUUUAUGAUAUUUCUAAUUAGAUUUAUAAAUUUCCAUAAGAAACUUGUCUGAAUUUGAAGUGCAUCAUAUUUUUUGUUUUCUCUCUUCAAUGAAAAUUUUUGGUAAUAAUUAGAAUGUUUUUAGUUUUAUUUUAAUGUAAUUUGCCUAUGAGUUUUUGUGUAUUUUAUUUUUAAAACCAAAGAAGUUUUCAAAUAUUUGAUUUAAAAAAAGAUUUAAAUAAGCAAGAACAUGUAAUUUUUUUUUCAA